ACUUGUUAUCACCGCAAAGGAACACGCAACACACAGUAGGGAGAGAAAACACAACGACAACAAAAACCUGAGAUAGUGAGAGAGCUAGAAAACAACAAACCGCCACAUUUCCGUUGAUUCCCCCCUUCUCCCAAAACCAUCAAAACCCCCACCAUUUUCUUCAUUCUUCAUCACACCUCCUCCCCUGUGCAAAAUGCGCACUGCUUAUCUCUCUACAUUUUGGGCAUGCCUCAUUCUGCUACUGCAAUGCGGCCUCCUACCAAAUGCGUUGCUGGACCCGAAUGAUUUCCUGGCACUACAAUCGGUCAAAAAGAGCUUGAACGAUUUGCCGGGCUCCAACUAUUUCACUUCCUGGGAUUUCACGGCGGAGCCCUGCAGUUUCUCCGGAGUCUUCUGCGACGCCGACCGCGUGAUCGCACUCAACCUCGGCGACCCACGGGCCGGGUCCCCCGGGCUGUCGGGUCGGAUCGACCCGGCCAUCGGCAAGCUCUCCGCAUUAGCAGAGCUCACCAUCGUCCCGGGCCGGGUCGUCGGCCCGCUCCCCCGCACUCUCUCCCAGCUCAAGUCCCUCAGAUUCCUCGCCAUCACCCGCAAUUUCAUCUCCGGCGACAUUCCGGCGGGCCUCGGCCAGCUCCGGCGGCUACAGACCCUCGACCUCAGCUUCAACCAGCUCACCGGAGCCAUACCCCGCCCCGUCGGCGCGUUGCCGGCGUUGACCAAUGUGGUCCUCAGCAACAAUCACCUCACCGGCCCGAUUCCUCCUUUCGUGUCUCACCAGCUCGCCCGCCUCGACUUAAAGCACAACAACCUAUCCGGUUCAAUCUCCUCGCUCCGCUUCCCCUCAUCGCUCCAAUACAUGUCUCUCUCGUCGAACCGCCUUUCCGGUUCGUUAGACCGGGCUUUCUCCGGUCUGAACCAAUUAAACUAUCUCGACCUCAGCAUGAACCAGUUGACCGGUUCGAUCCCGGUCGAGCUUUUCAGUUUCCCGAUCAGCAACCUCCAGCUGCAGAGAAACCAGUUCUCCGGGCCGGUCGAACCGGUUGACAAGGUGACGAUCGCGACGGUGGAUCUGAGCUUCAACCGGCUGUCGGGGGAGGUGUCGGCGAUGCUGUCGACCGUGGGGAAUUUGUACAUGAACAAUAACCGGUUCACGGGGCGGGUGCCGAGCAGCAUGGUGGACCGGUUGUUGGAGGGCAGCAUUCAAGUGUUGUAUUUACAGCAUAAUUUUUUGAGCGGGAUCGAGAUUAAACCCACGGUGGCGAUUCCUCUGAGCUCCUCGAUUUGUCUACAGUAUAACUGUAUGGUGCUGCCCGUAGACACGCCCUGCCCACUCAAAGCUGGUCCGGACAAAUCAAGGCCUACUUCGCAGUGCAUCCAAUGGAAAGGCUAAAAUGGGUAAUUUUCAUCUUAUUCGUUGAGGAGAUUCAUUAAUUUUAGUUCUAUAAUAAUUCAUUUAUUCAUUUGUUUGUUGAAAUGCGUAUAAUUGUGGAUAAUCAAUCCGGCAAAAAAGGGUUUUUGUGGUUUAGCUUAUUUUUAAUUAACCAGAUAUUAAUGCCAAUUUUAAUAUUA